AAACUUAGUACACGUAUGAAACAAAAAGUCAUAUUGGAGUGGUUUGUUGAUAAAGACGUAGCUACUCGUGCUCUUGGUAGUCCUCCCAGCCUCAUUGAAGAACAUAAUGUUGAGAUAAAGCCCGAGCUAAUACAUGAAGGAGUCCUGGAUGAAAAUGUCGACGUUCAUCUUGUUAGACCAUUCUUUACUACUGAUGCAUGGCUGUGUGUAACAAACGUGGUACAAGAAAAACAGAAGACACAUGUUUACUAUUGUAAUUGCUGUCAGCAAGAUCUGGAGAAUUUUCCAUCUAUUGGCUGUGAUCAUUGCUUGUUAUGGACUCACCUGAAAUGUUGUGGUCUAAAAGAUAGGCCCAAAACAAGAUAUUGGUUUUGUAGGAAGUGCCACACUAAUCCUACUCUGUGAUGUGUGUUGUUGAAAAUAUUUGGAUUAAAAAAGUACUUUGAUAAACUAUAACAAUAAAAAGAGUGAAUUCAAAGAAACAAUGAUGAAUAAUUGUGAGAUAAACAAAA